AUGGAAACACUGCUGAGAGCGAUUGAAAGUUUGGAAAAAGACGGUUACGAAAUUGCUGCUCUUGUACAGGUACCGGGCGACAAUAACCCUCCUCGAAUAGUGUGUUCGAGAAGUUUAGAUGCACACUUGCAAACGACACUGUGGGAUAUUUGCGAAGCUCAUCACCAACAGAAAGCACAAAAUCGGCAAGGAUCUCAGGUAAAACCAGAUUUGGCAUUAGACAAUAAUGUGGAGUUAUUGGAUUUGGACUUGAGAAACCCAUAUGAGGUGGAGAAAUACCUCAAGAGUGUGUUUUCCAUGCUGCGUCAGUUGCAGUGUAAAGCUAUUGCCAAGGCAUGGAUCAAAGUGGUUGAACCUCGCAAGAAAUCCAGGUACCCUUACAUCAAGGGUGAGCUCUUUAAACCGUAUUGGUGGCCUUCGAAUGUAGAACAUAGGGAACCAGAUCAUUUGCGCAAGCCACAAAGGAUCAUGCUCAUGAUCGCCAUUUUGACAAGACUUGUACCGCAUUGCAAUGAUCCCAAUCUAUUGCGCAAACUCAAAAAAUCAACCAUGUCCAUCCAUUUUCCGAAAAAUACGAGUCAGCAUCAGAUUGCGCUUGAAUACGUGUACAAUAUUUGCGGAGCGCUGUGUUUGGGCUUGGCAACAGUUGCGGCGGUCGAUUGCGACCUUUUACAAAUGGGUUCAGCAAGCUCAAAAAAGGCCAAAACAAUCAAAAUGGAUCCUGAUCUGGAGCGGCUAACUCUACUUGGCACUAUGAGCCCGGAUAGUCUGGAUGGUGCAGAGAGUAGGCCCGGAAGUGGUCCCUUGCAUUCAUUGCUUCAAUCGUUCAAUGGCGACCACCCAAGUGCAGAACGAGCAGAUGCGUUGUGUGUCAACAGUCAGCCCGGCUCAUCAAAUGCUCACUUCAACAAUUCAUCAGACACGCAUUCUCAGUCUUGUACUUCUUCCGCUUCCAAUGAAUGUUUAAGUACCGACCAUUUCAAUGAUCUUGGCAAUGACUUUGAAGGGUUCUGCGACUCCGAGACUGGCUUCGAAUAUUGA